AUGAUAUCCGAGUUUGAUAUUCUUAACUAUUACCCGCUUCAAUUAUAUGAUUUGUAAAUGCCUAUGACUUCGCAACUGGAAGUUGAAAAUUUCAACGAGAAUGAGUGCUCAGCAAGAAAGCUAAGAGUCAGCUCCUAAUGUUUAAUUUUAAAAAAGUAUAAGAAAUCUAAUGUUCUAGAAAAAUCAGACAUAAGCAAAAAAGACCUUCGUUAUUAAAAAUUGAUGAAACAGCCAGAAAUGUUAAAAUUUACAGUCUAGGGCCUAGUCAGACGAAUUUAGAGAAUCUAAAUGAAGACUAAAAAUAAAUUAAUGACUGA